AUGGCUCUGUGGCGACUUGGGGGGAGGAAUGUGCAGCAGAUCCAAUCUACGGGCUCGAGCUUUGCAGCCAUCCUGGGCGACGGAUCUGUGGUAACCUGGGGUGAUGAAUAUGCUGGUGGAGACAGUUCUUCUGUCCAAGAGCACUUGAAGAGUGUGCGUCAAAUUGCCGCCACCGAGCGAGCAUUUGCUGCCAUACUAAGUGACGGCUCCGUCGUGACGUGGGGAGAUGCUGAUUCAGGCGGUGACAGCGCUGCUGUUCAAGAUCAGUUGAAAGAUGUUCUAAAGAUCAAGUCAAGUUUCAAUGCCUUUGCUGCGAUCUUGGGCGACGGGUCUGUGAUUUCCUGGGGCUGUGGCGAUGAAGGUGGCGACUGCAGUGCCGUAGAAGCGCAGCUGAAGCAUGUGCGGCAGGUUCAGUCCUCUGCUGCGGCAUUUGCAGCUAUUCGGGCUGACUGUUCUGUGGUGACAUGGGGAGAACCCGACAGUGGCGGCGACAGCGGGUCCGUGGAGCAUCUACUUGUGGACGUGAAGGCAAUCAAGUCCUCGCGGGAGUCGUUCGCUGCCAUCUUAGGCGAUGGCUCUGUGGUGACAUGGGGCAACCCUGGAUCGGGGGGUGACAGCAGCUCUGCGCAAGAGCAUUUGAAGUCUGUUUCAGAGAUCCAGAGCUCACAACAUGCGUACGCAGCGCUUCUGGCGGAUGGCUCUGUCUCCACCUGGGGCUCUUCCGGCUUUGGUGGUGACAGCAGUUAUGUGCAAGAGCAGCUGCAGAAUGUGAUGCAGAUUCAAGCCUCGCAAAGUGCCUUUGCCGCACUGUUGGCCGAUGGUUCCGUCGUGAGCUGGGGCGCGGCGGACUCUGGUGGUGACUGUCGUGCAGUCCAAGACCAGCUGAAGGACGUGCAGCAGAUUCAAGCCUCUGAUCAAGCAUUUGCUGCCGUCCUUGCCGAUAGAUCCGUUGUUGUUUGGGGCGACGACGACCUUUGCUACGAUUAUCGAGAUGUCUGCGAUCAGCUACGGGAUGUCGUAAGCAUUCAGGCGUCGCAGGACGCUUUUGCAGCCAUCCGGGCUGAUGGCUCUGUGGUAACCUGGGGGAAUUAUCGCAGUGGCGGUGACAGCAGCACGGUGCAAGAUCAGCUGCGGCCUCGCAGGCCAUGA